GUGACUGAUGACAGGAAGUGCGCGGAGUUUGAAAGCAGAUAGAUUUAGGACGGUAUUGUUAUUAGUUUAACGAGCUAAUGGAUGAUGAGGAGGAGACUUAUCGAUUAUGGAAAAUCCCUCUGCCACGAUCGAGGAUAUCUGGUGACCCAAGACGAGCUGGACCAGACCUUGGACGAGUUUAAAGGCCAGUUUGGUGACAGACCCAGCGAGGGUCGACCCAGACGGACGGACCUCACCGUGCUGGUGGCCCACAAUGAUGACCCCACCGACCAGAUGUUUGUGUUCUUUCCAGAGGAGAUGAAAGUGGGCAUCAAGACCAUUAAGAUGUACUGCCAGCGGAUGCAGGAAGAAAACAUCGCUCGAGCCAUUAUCGUAGUCCAGACGGGCAUGACGCCUUCUGCUAAACAGUCUUUGGUUGAUAUGGCACCAAAAUACAUCCUGGAACAGUUUCUACAGCAAGAGCUGCUCAUAAACAUCACAGAGCACGAGUUGGUUCCUGAGCACAUCGUUAUGACAAGAGAGGAAGUGACAGAGCUGCUGGCCAGAUAUAAACUGAAGGAGACACAGUUACCCAGAAUUCAGUCCGGAGAUCCCGUGGCACGAUAUUUCGGGCUGAAACGAGGGCAGGUGGUGAAGAUCAUCCGGCCCAGUGAAACAGCUGGACGAUACAUCACAUACAGACUCGUACAGUGAGGACCAGCGUCUUUAUUUUUAUUUGAUGUCAAACUCAAGAGCUACAGAUGUUUUGCUUUGUGUUUGUCUUGUGAUGGGCUUUUCAUUGCUGUCUGUUUAUUUCUUUCUUUCUUUCUUUUUUUUUUAAUGGAGGACUUUAGAUUUAUCUUUAAUUUCCAUUAAAAAAAAUAUACAAUCAUUUGUUUAAUGAAUGGUUUUGUUUCUGUGUUAUUUUUUAUGCAUUUUUAAUGCAUUAAUGGCCCAACUUAUAUUGUAAAUAUAUAUAUAUAUAUGUAUGUAUGUGUACAGUCAUGGCCAAAAAUAUCGGCACCCUUGCAAUUCUGUCAGAAAUUGCAACACUUCUCUCAGAAAAUUGUUCCAAUUGCAAAUGUUUUUGUAUUCACAUGCUUAUUGCUUUUGUUUGAACUGCAACAUCACAAAAAAACAGAGAAGAAAAGUCAAACUUGAUAAAAUUUCACACAGAACUCAAAUGGACUGGACAAAAUUAUUGGCACCUUGUCAAAAUUGUAAGAAAUAAUUGCUUUUCAAGCAUGUGAUGCUCCUGUAAUUUGUAUUUAGACACACCUUUGUGUUGUGUGUCACACUGAGCAUGGAGAAAAGAAAGAAGUGUAAAGAGUUGUCUGGAUUUGAGAGAAAAAAUUGUGGAAAAACAUGGACAAUCUCAAGGCUACAAGUCCAUCUCCAGAGAUCUUAAUGUUCCUGUGUCCACUGUGUGCAAUAUCAUCAAGAGGUUUACAGCCCAUGGCACUGUAGCUAACCUCCCUGGAUGUGGACGGAAGAGCAAAAUUAAUGAAAAAUUACAUUUCGAUUAACUUCCAAACAAAUUCAAGCUGAUCUGCAGACACCGGGUACAACAGCGUCAGCUCGCACCAUCCGUCGCCACUGCUGACACAAAGGCAUACAAAAGCAAGACUUCUAUGACAAACCACAAUUCUUCUGGGAGAACGUACUGUGGACAGAUGAGACAAAAGUAGAGCUUUUUGGUAAAGGACAUCAUGGCACUGUUUACAGAAAAAGAAACGAGGCCUUCAAAGAAAAGAACACAGUCCCUGCAGUCAAACAUGGCGGAGGUUCAAAGAUGUUUUGGGGUUGCUUUGCUGCUUCUGGCACUGGAUGCCUUGACUGUGUGAACGGUAUCAUGAAUCUGAUGAUUACCAAAGAAUUUUGGGGCGCAGUGUCAGAAAGCUGCGUCUCCACCAGAGGUCAUGGGUCUUCCAGCCGGACAAUGACCCGAAACACGCUUCAAAAAGCACUCAGAAAUGGUUACAAACAGAUCUGAAUCCCAUAGGACACCUGUGGAGAGCAGCUGUGAGAAGGCAUCCUUCAAAUCUGAAUGACCUGGAGCAGUUUGCAAAAGAAGAGUGGUCAGAAAUUCCAGUAGAGAGGUGUAAGAAACUCAUUCAUGGUUACAGGAAGUGACUGAUUUCAGUUAUUUUUUCCAAAGGGGGUGCUACCAAAUAUUAAGUUAAGGGUGCCAAUAAUUUUGUCCAGUGCA